GAUCAUAUCACAUAUUAUGGGUAUCGAAGAAAACUGGGGAUCCUUCGUCAACAUGACUCUUGCAAAGGCGGAAUCGCACGGAAAAGUAGCGCAGUAUUGGGACAGGAUGCACAACAUCAUGAGUAUGGCUAUCAUAUUCCUAUCUGCAUUAACGACCCUGUCCGUGUUGCUCCCUAUCACCCACUAUGUUGGAGCUACUCUGGGGGCGGUCACUACUCUUUUAUCUGCUAUCAACGGCUCUUUGAACCCUAGUACGAGAAGGCAAGAGCAGAUGGAAGCUAGUAGGGGGUUUAGAGCCCUGAUGUUGAAGAUGGUGAGAGUUGAGUUAGAGAAAGAUUACGAGGAUCUGUGGAAGGAAUACAACAAAGAAUUGCUUGGAGAACCUUUCCUUCCCUCAAAAUUCAAGGUAAAAGACAACACUGCAUUCUCCAUGUCACCCGAGUUCCAGAUAGUGGUAGCCCAGAAGAAAGCUGAAGUUGGAGAGUGUUUAUCGAAGAUAGGUGAAGAACACUCGGAGGAUAACUGUCUUGUCUAUCAGUCACCUAUGUCUGAGGAAAUAGAUCUGGAAGUGGAAGCUGACAUUGAAGAAUGAUGAUAAAUCACUCUACACUCGACUGUCACGUGACUUUUUAAACACGUUCUUUAGCUGGCCGUGAAUGGCUAUUCGAAAUCCUAGCCCUCUAAUGACUAAUCUGAUCUCAACUCUAACCCUAACCCAAUCUUUAACAAAAGCAUAUGCUGAAACCCUAACUCUAACGAGAAAUUAGACAAACUUUCUUAUUAUACGCUCAUAUAUCGCCAGGGGAGCAUUUUGACCCUAUAUCAUGGGGUCAUGGGGGUGAUUCGGAAUCAGCCUCAAAAAAUACAUCGAUUCAGGUUGGU